UGCUACUUGUGUAUUUCUGUUAUUGCCCUUUUAACAGUAUGCAGAUCCUGAACACGACUCAGUUAACUUUCUUUUAUGAUUUUUUUAGUCAGGCGGAUAGCUAGCUUAGCACUCAAUUACAGUAUCAGAAAAAGGGGUUUGCUGGACGCAACGCAAGGACGCUUGCGUCUCAGCUACGGUGGCCGGGAGGUUCAAGUGUGGAGGUUAAUGGCAUUCAUAUAAUUUCAAAAAGCUGUUUUAAUGUAGUAAUAUAAAAGGCAAGACAAUACUACGUAUGCUGCGUCAAUUUCUUCCCUACAGCGCAGCUUUAUACGGUCGGUGGUCUCAGAAACUGUUUUGACCAAACGUGAAAUGGCGGAUGCGCACAUCUCUGGGAGGUGCGCCUGUCUAAGGACAGGAAGGCGGAGCUUUACUCGGAGAAUCAGACGUCGAGUGCGGGCCAAGCGGGUUUUCCUUUCUGCAUUUGAAACGCCAGAAAAUAAAUUGUACCAGUUUAUCAACGUCAUACUGCAACAGUCACCCAGAACAUAGCUUAGAAGAGCCGAAAUUAUUUUGAGAUCCACGACAGAGAGGCCGGCUCGCCCAGGCAGGGGACAGCGGCCAUGAAGCUUACGGACAAUGUGCUGCGGAGUUUUAGGGUUGCGAAGGUUUUCCGGGAGAAUUCGGACAAAAUCAACUGCUUUGAUUUCAGCUCGAACGGCGAGACAGUAAUUUCCAGCAGCGACGACGACUCCAUCGUGUUGUACGACUGCCAGGAGGGAAAACCCAAGCGAACACUGUACAGUAAGAAGUAUGGAGUGGAUCUUAUACGCUACACACACGCGGCCAACACAGUGGUCUACAGUUCUAAUAAAAUAGAUGACACGAUCCGAUACCUGUCUCUUCACGACAACAAGUACAUCCGGUACUUUCCUGGGCACAACAAGAGGGUUGUGGCUCUCUCCAUGUCCCCUGUAGAUGACACCUUCAUCUCUGGGUCCUUGGACAAAACCAUCAGGCUCUGGGACCUGCGCUCCCCAAACUGUCAGGGACUGAUGCACCUGCAGGGUAAGCCGGUGUGCUCCUUUGACCCAGAGGGCCUGAUCUUUGCCGCAGGAGUGAACUCUGAGAUGGUCAAGCUGUAUGAUUUGCGGUCCUUCGACAAGGGUCCCUUCGCCACCUUCAAGCUGCAGUACGACCGCACCUGCGAGUGGACCGGCCUGAAGUUCAGCAACGAUGGGAAGCUGAUCCUCGUCUCCACCAACGGGGGCGCUCUCCGUCUGCUCGAUGCCUUCAAGGGAGCCAUGCUGCACUCGUUUGGGGGCUACAACAACAGUAAAGGAGUGACUCUGGAGGCGUCAUUCACCCCAGACUCGCAGUUCAUCAUGAUCGGCUCGGAGGACGGGAAGAUCCACGUGUGGAACGCAGAGAGCGGGAUGAAGGUGGCGGUUCUGGACGGGAAGCACACGGGUCCGGUCACCUGCCUGCAGUUCAACCCGAAAUUCAUGACCUUUGCUAGCGCCUGCUCCAACAUGGCAUUCUGGUUACCCACGAUCGAUGACUGAUGAAGGGUUGGAAGGUGCACAGCCUUUCUGAGGACGAGGAGCAUCUCCACGGUGAGCCAUGGCGAACGUGGCGACACCCCCCAGCUCCAGCCCGGAAGGGGGCAGUGUGACCUGUCGCACGCUGGGGGCGGGGGGGUUGAAGAUCAAAGGGUGCAGCAGCUACUAGGGGUUACGGUCUGUAAAUAAGGGGGCUACCUGGGCAGGUUUUUUAACAGUGUCAGUUAAAUUGUUUUUGUUUUUUUUGUAAUUAAUAUUACUGUUAUUAUUUUUGUACUGAAGUGUCUGCAUACCAUGUGUGGCUUGAAUAGGGAGCAUGGCUCUGAUUGCGGUUGUGGUCCCGAAUGCUUCAGGUUAUCCACUGAUCCCAUGUAUUAUUCCAGCAUCAACUUGGCCUUUCCUGAAGCUGAUCAGCUCUUUGAAAUGCACCCCACUGUCUUCAGCAUUGUUGCACUUCUGGGCUAAUGACAAAAAACAGUCCUCCUUCAGCGAUAACAAGAAGUAAUUCUGUUUUCUUCUGAGUCACAAGAUGUAGUUGCUGUUCUGCAUUUUCCAUUACUAGAUACAGUCAUAGUGCAUGAUCGAGGGUCCCAAGUGCCAUUGUUCUAUAAUUCAGACUACUGUAGCAGUUGAACAGUGAAUUGUGGGAUAACAUUGGGUCCUUUUUCUAAGAUAAAAAUGAAAGGGAUGAAUAUUACCAUCGUGGCUUUGUCAUCCUUGCUUCUGACCACAUACUCAGCAUACUGUCCCCAGCAUUUCAAAUAUGUGGGAUUUCAGUGUUGGUUUUCCCCACUCAUUGGUGAACGCAGGCAUCAGUAACCCUGACUACAGUGUACCCGAAAUGCUCAUAAUACACCGUAGUGCAACACUAUCCUAAAGGUAUAAAGACACACCAGAAGUUCUGAUUUUUCCAGGGUCAUCAGCAGUCAUUCAUUUUAUUUUGUUAUUUUGAUAAUUUUGUAUCAAAAAACAUGAAUAUGUGAAUCUUUUUU